AUGAGACAGGAGCGGCAGACAAGCACACUGCUGUUAACAGCGGAAUCAUUGGAACGAGUCUUCGGCGACACCGAUGAUGGCGCUUUCAUUGAGGCUCACAUGUACUCGUUGCUUUCCAAAGAUGGACUUUCCGACGAGAACUUCGCGCUCUGGAAAAAGAGGAAGCUUCCACAUCCGCUUUUUUCAAGCCGACCUGACAUCGUGUUCCGAAUGAACGCUCUAUACUAUCGCCUGAUGGACUGUUUCAACUUUGGCCCCGAAAUUGUCCCGUGGUUCAUCAAAAAGUUGCCUUACAGUGUGUUCUCUCACUACGCUGCGUCAGCGUUCGGUAGAAACGGAGAAAGAUUUCCAACAUCACUACAUGAUGCAACAGACGUCAAGAAGGGACAGGUCUUUUUCUUUUUGCUCGCAGUAAACAUGGUGGGAAACCCAUACGUAUGCGAGUAUGAAGCUACCCGUCGGCAGUACUGUGAGGAGUCUAUGGAAUUAAAGGGAGAGAUGAUUGUCGCUUGCAAGCCCAAGCUUCCCAUCUCGACUAAGGAAGGAGACAAUGCUCGGAACUUUAUGCAGGACCUUAUGUGCGACGCCUACAGAGUGGAUGUUUAUGGAAGCAGAGUCCAGUCUUUACUUGAUCGACGUCGAUUUAGGCAUGACGAAGUCCAAUAA